CUCUCUCUCUCUCUCGCUCGCUCGCAGUCACUCUGGAUCGCUUCGCUUCUCCACUGAACCCUAAAUCCAAUCCCGUGAUCCACCUGCACUAGAUUUCGAUGCCCUAAUCGCCUAUCCACCCCUCUCGUCGUCACCCUCGUCGGCCGAUUCCCUCCUCCCAAGAUCCUCGAAUUUUGCAAGAUAUCUCGUGUUCCUUGUUGGAAGCAAUCGGGCCGUCGAUAUGGAGGAGAUUGACCCAAUCCGUCGAUUUAUCUCCGAGAUCAGGUCAGAGUAGUCCUUUUCUCAUUCCUUCAGUCUCCCUUUGGGAAGCCGUAGGCUGGAUUAUUCUCGGUGUCGGAGAAGUGCUUGAGAGAUGGUAGGAGGUGGAAGCAAGAGGGACGAUGGAGCCUUGAAGAUUAGCAGCACCAACGUCUUCGCCGCGCUAGAGACGCUUAAGAAGAAGAAGAAGAAGAAGAAAUCGGACACGGAAGCCAAGGGCAAGGGAUCGUCCAAGAACCAGACCAAGGAGUCGGAGCAGCAGCGGCAGGUGUUCUGGGCGCCGACGCCGCUGACUGCGAAGUCCUGGGCCGAUGUGGACGAUGACGACGAUUACUACGCCACCACGGCCCCGCCACAAUCUGUCUGGGGUUCGACGGAGCAACGGCAGAACAGGGAAGCCACAGCCGUGGUUGAGGAGGAAAGCGAAGGUGAAGAUGAUGGCCUUGACGAGGGUGAUGAUUCUGAUGUAGAGGAGGAGCCUGAACAUGAAGAUGAGGUUCCUGUCGCAACCGAACCUGUCAUCGGGAAGCCUGUUCCUGCUCCGGUAACGACCAAAGAUACAGAUCGACAACUAUCAAAAAAGGAGUUGAAGAAAAAAGAAAUGGCGGAACUAAAUGCAGUUCUGGCUGAGCUGGGUAUCUCAGUCGAAGAUAGUAAUUCUGUGCAAGAUGAAACAAAUGAUGGAGAUAAAAAGGAAAAUGCACCUGCACCUGCGCCAUCAGAAAGCAAAAGUUCCAAGAAAAAGAAGGCAAAGAAAGAUAAAUCAUCCAAGGACACCAGAGAACCACAGGAACAGCCUUCCGAUCGGGAUCGGAACACCGAACCCGAAGAGGAAGAUGCAUCUGCGGUUGAUGUCAAGGAGAAAAUAAAGAAGGUAGCUUCGACGAAAAAGAAGAAAUUAAAUAAAGAGAUGGAUGCAGCCGCAAGAGCUGCAGCUGUCGAAGCUGCUGCAAGGAGUGCCAAGCUUGCUGCCGCCAAGAAGAAAGAAAAGAACCACUAUUAUCAACAACCCGCGCGGUAAACAUAGUUGCUGUCUUUUAAUGGUACCAAAAUGUGUCGUGUGAUCGAGUUAGAGUUAGUUUGCCAUGUUAGAACAGGAUCACCCGUGAUAUUUCUCGUAGACACACACACUCCCAGCACAGUACAAAUCUAGCCUGAGGAUACCUUCCUUGUGUUUUCACUUCUUUAUGGAGACGGUAGCCUUAUGUUGUACAAUCAUUAAUUUGGUAUAGUGAAAUAGUUAUUGUAACAA